AUGGAUGUAACUGUUGCUCCUUGGGAGAUUGAAAGCAUGUCGCAGGAUUUAAAUUACUUGGAGAAUUCUCAACUUGAAAUGCUUUUGCUGAUCACAGGCAUCCCGGGAUUCAUCAUUACCCUGGCAGGGCUGGCAGGAAAUGCUGUGGUGAUCUGGCUCCUGGCUUUCCGCAUGCAGAGGAAUGCUUUCUCUGUCUACAUCCUCAACCUGGCAGGAGCUGAUUUUAUCUGUCUAUGCACCCACAUGGUAGCCUCCAUAAUGUAUUUGGUCAGAUAUAGCAAACUACUAUCCAAAAACCUGGUGCCAGUUUUUUGGAUAGCAUUUCUCACUCCCUAUUUUGCAAGCAUGAGCAUUCUCACUGCCAUUAGCACUGAGCGCUGCCUGUCUGUCCUCAAGCCCAUCUGGUAUCGUUGCCACCGCCCAAAACACAUGUCAUCUGUCGUUUGUGGCCUGCUCUGGGUGCUGUCCUUGCUCCUGACAAUUUUGAAAUUGAAAUUCUGUAAUCUUCUGUCUGAACAAUGUGAUGGUGAUUUGAAUAGACAAAUUGAUUUCAGCAUUGUCACGUGGCUGGUUUUCUCCUUUGUACUAAUGUUCGGGUCCAGCCUGGUGCUGCUGACCAGAUUGCUGUGUGGCUCCCAGAAGAUAAAGCUGACCAGGCUGUAUGUGACCAUCGGGGUCACAGUGCUGGUCUUCAUCCUCUGUGGACUGCCCUGGGGAAUCACUUAUUUUCUCUUAAAAGGGUUGUUAACUGUUCCUGAAAUGAUCCGAUUUAAAGUACAUGUGGUGCUCAAUGUAUUAACCGCUGUCAACAGCUGUGCUAAUCCCAUCAUUUACUUCUUUGUUGGCUCUUAUAGACACCAGCAAAGGCACCAAAGAAGGAGCCUCAAAGUGAUUCUGCAGAGAGCUUUGCAGGAUGUUCCUGAGGAGGAUGGACGCCAAGGCAGCCCUCCUCAGGAGACUCUGGAGAUGUCAGGAGAUACUCAUGUGGCCUAA